AUGGCGAGUUCCAACGGCAACGUCGCACACCCGACGAACCGAAUCUGCGACAACAACACCACACCCAAUAGCGACACAACCAGUGAGACACGCAUCAACCGUACCGACAAUGGCUACCGAUACGAUUCGUUCCCCGGGUACAACACCUCAAACGGCCGAGCAGGAAUUCCUUCUUCGGGAGGCAAAUCAAGCACGCGAGCCCUGGCGCCAGACCUCCUCCGCGGUCUUCUCAUGAUGAUCAUGGCCUUUGACCACGCCGCACUCGCCCUUCACACAUGGGAACAUGGAACAGGCCGCGUCGCCGAGGCAGAUGGCCAAAUCGUCCGCAACUGGAACUUCACCACCGCGUACAUUGUGCGCACGCUCACACACCUCUGCGGCUCGGGGUUCACGUUCCUUCUCGGCAUGGGCGUCGUAUAUCUCGGGAGAUCGCGCACAAAGCUUGGCUGGUCGCCCGCCCGGCUGGCUCGGUACUUUGCCGUGCGGAGUGUGGUUUUGACAGCCGUGACGAUUGCUUUUGGGUUUCUUGUCACGGGGGGACAGCUGUGGUUUAUGAAUGCGGUGCUGUUUUCCCUGGCGGUGGAUUAUCUGCUCGCGGGCCUGCUGUGGCUGGGUAUCAGUAAGACGGAGGUGUUGCUCGCGGGGGCUAUUGCGAGGACGAGGAAGGAUGCUGGGGAGACGACGGAGGAUAGUGACGAUGAUGGUGUUUCGCAGCCUUUGCUGAGGGAGAGGGAAGCGUCGCGGACGACGGAAUCGUAUGAUGCGUUCUUGUCGUGGAGUAUUCACAAUGUGUUGCUCGCGGUGUUGAGUGUGGUUACUAUCUUUUGGAAUAUCUGGCUUAGUGACGAUGGCGGCGUCUGUUCCACAGAUAAAAAGAACGUCUCGACACUGACAAGUCCUUCCAACCCCCUUCUCCGCGUCUGGUUCUGGGUCAUCAUGGAGCCAGGAACACACAUCAUGUCAGGUUUCCCCCCGAUGGCAUGGCUAUCAUUCGCAAUCCUGGGUAUGCUCUACGCGCGCAUCAUGACCGCCAGACCAUGGAGUCGUCAAGCCUCCGUCAUGGGCCACAUCCUCGGCGCAAUCGUCUUCUCAAUCCUCUUCAUCCUCACGCGCGUCCUCCACAUCGGCAACCUAUCAGAAAACUGUCUCCAAACGCCCGACCAAGCGAACCGCCCCCAUCAGAACCCGUACCUCGCGUCCCUCGCAUCCUUCUUCUACGUCGUCAAGUACCCCCCCGACGUGGCAUUCUUCGCACUCACCAUGGCAGGGAACCUGCUCCUCCUGGCCGUCUUCACCGCCAUCCCCCCACGGAUAGCCAAGCGCUUCACCAUGUUGUUGGACUUUGGAACCAGCGCCCUCUUCUUCUACAUUGUGCAUAUGCUCGCGCUCUUUGGGUUCGGCAUCCUCGCCGUGGCGGUGUUUGGGCACGAGACGGAUGUUCCUGAUCCGAUGGACCCGUCCAAGACGAGGGGGAUUGAUAAUUUGUUUGGCACUGUCAUGUUGGCGCGCAUUUCACGCUUUGGCACGCGCCAUUCUCAAAGCCUUCAUGCAUUUUCCACAUCCUCAGCCCGAUCAGCAGAUUAUGAAAGCACAAUAGACAACCUCCGACACAUAAAUGGCGACACACGCAUCAUCUACCAAGGCUUCACCGGCCAAGCGGCUACGUCCAAUGCCAAAGACACAAUCUCGUACGGCACAAAGGUCGUGGGCGGCGUAUCACCCGGCAAAGGCGGCAAGACGCACCUCGACCUCCCCGUCUUCGGGACCGUAAAAGAGGCAAUGGACCAAGUAAAACCCCACGUCAGCGCGGUAUUCGUGCCCGCCCAAUUCGCCGCCAAAGCCAUCAUCGAAGCAAUAGAGGCAGAAGUCCCGGUGGUAGUAUCCGUAGCGGAACACAUCCCCGUCCACGACCUCCUCCGCGUACAGGACGUCCUCCGAACGCAGAGUAAAUCACGACUAGUCGGCCCAAACUGUCCCGGCAUCAUCGCCCCGGAUCAAUGCCGCGUGGGGAUCAUGCCCUUUCGGCAAUAUAAACGUGGCUGCGUGGGGAUUGUCUCCAAGUCCGGAACGCUAAGCUACGAGGCUGUUGGAUCGACUACGGCAGCAGGCCUGGGACAGAGUUUUGUGAUUGCCGUGGGUGGUGAUCCCAUGCCAGGCACCACGAUUGUCGAUUCACUGAAGGUGUUUUUUGAGCAUGACGAAACGGAGGGUAUUAUUGUGAUUGGCGAGAUUGGCGGCGAGCAGGAACUCCGUGCGGCGGAGAUGAUUGCAGCGUAUAGAAGGACGACUAAAAAUCCGAAGCCGAUUGUUGCGAUGGUGGCGGGACAGACGGCGCCGAGGGGGAAGAUCAUGGGCCAUGCGGGUGCUGUGCUGACAGCGAGGGAUGUGACUGCUGAGGAGAAGGCGAGGGCUUUGCGGGAGGCGGGUGCGGUGGUGGUGCCUCAUCCGGGGGUUAUGGGCGUGACGAUGAGGGAGUUGCUUGGUGUGUGA